AAGGGGCAGAGAUGUGGCACCCAUCCGGUAUCCUGAGGAGCGCGCCAACGAAAAUCAGUUGGACAGAGUUGGCCUUCGGGAUAACUCAGCUCCUUCCUUUGCUACUUGUGUGCCUGCCUUUUUUGGAUGGUUUAUUGUUUACUGACCAUUUCUCCUCAACUUUCCUCCUCUUUCAAAGGUGACGGGAUUGGUGCUGUUCUCUUUCUGGAGAGAAAGACAUCCUUGGUCAUCUAAAGCAUUGCACUCUCUUCCUGAGAGAGGCAAUGGCCACAGCAGGGAACGACUCCUUCAUUGCCGAGGGAAUGACUCCGCCACAAAGGAUCCUCUUUCCCCCCGAGAAGAUUUGCAUGGUCUGGCAGCAAAGACAGAGUGCUGGAGCAGGACUCCUCAAUGUGGGCAACACGUGCUUCCUUAAUGCUGUCCUGCAAUGCCUGACAUACACCCCGCCGCUGGCCAACUAUCUGCUCUCCCGGGAGCACAGCCAGGCCUGUCGCCAACAAGGCUUCUGCAUGAUGUGCAUCAUGGAAGCGCAUGUUAACAAGGUCCUGCGUUCAGUCAGUGCCAUCCUGCCUUUGGCUGUUCUCAGGGGUUUCAGAUUCAUAGGAGAACAUUUUCAGCUUGGCAGGGAGGAAGAUGCCCAUGACUUCUUAUGCUGUACUGUCAAUGCCAUGCAGAGAGCUUGUCUGAGUGCAAGCAACGACUUGGACAUAUCAUCUCAAUCUACUACCAUUGUCCAUCAAAUAUUUGGAGGCUUUCUGAGAUCCAGAGUCAUCUGCUUCAGCUGCAAAGCCAUUUCUGAUUCCUAUGAGGCCUUCCUGGAUGUCCCCUUGGAUAUCAAAGCAGCCUCAUCCCUCACUGCAGCUCUGGAGGACUUUGUAACACCGGAGCACCUGGAUGGGGAAAACUGCUUUAAAUGUAGCAAGUGUGAGAAGAAUGUUGCCGCCACUAAGAGGUUCACUGUCCACUGUGCACCCAAGGUUCUCACUGUGUGUCUGAAGAGGUUUGACUGCUUCACUGGUGGCAAGAUCAGCAAGGUUGUAGAGUAUCCGGAGUACUUGGAUCUUCGCCCAUACAUGUCUCAGGCAGAUGGAGAAGCACUCCUCUACUCCUUAUAUGCUGUCCUGGUGCACAGUGGUGUCAGCUGUCAUGGAGGACACUAUUUCUGCUACACAAAGGCCAGCAAUGGAUUGUGGUACCGGAUGGACGAUGAAUCUGUGCAG